AAAAUGCAUUCUGAAGAUGAAACAAAGUCUUACAGAAAUAGAAAGGAUGAUAAUAUUGCUGCAUCAUAUCAGGAUUAUGGAUCUGAAGGCAAAUGCAGUGGGAACAAGAAGAAACCUGAGAAACUGAAUAUGAUCAGCCUGUUUACAGUGUUUCGGUACUCUGACUGGCAGGAUAAACUCCUCAUGGUGGUAGGUACUACAAUGGCAAUAUUCCAUGGAGCAGGUCUCCCCCUUAUGAUGAUCAUCUUUGGUGACAUGACAGAUAGCUUUAUUACUUCAGAAAAUAUUACUUAUCCAGCAAAUUUUUCUUUAUUGAACCAUACAUCAGUGGAUUUUUCUAUAGAAUUUUUUUCUUAUACUCUGAUGGGAAAAUUGGAGGAAGAAAUGACCAGAUAUGCAUAUUAUUAUUCUGGAAUAGGAGCUGGUGUUCUUUUUGCUGCCUACAUUCAAGUUUCAUUUUGGAUGCUGGCUGCUGGCCGGCAAAUAAAAAGAAUCAGACAAGAACUUUUUCAUGCUGUAAUGAGACAGGAGAUUGGAUGGUUUGACGUAAAUGAUGUAGGCGAACUUAACUCCAGACUUGUAGAUGACAUCGCCAAGAUUAAUGAAGGAAUAGGAGAAAAAAUUGCAAUGUUCUUUCAGGCAAUAGCUACCUUUUUCACUGGAUUUAUAGUUGGUUUUACAAAAGGCUGGAAAUUAACACUUGUGAUUCUAGCACUCAGUCCUGUACUGGGAUUCUCAUCAGCUCUGUGGGCAAAGAUAAUUUCCACAUUCACUAACAAAGAGCUAACUGCAUAUGCAAGAGCAGGAGCUGUUGCAGAGGAAGUUCUGGCAGCAAUUCGAACUGUGGUAGCAUUUGGAGGACAGAGAAAAGAAAUUGAAAGAUACCAAAAAAAAUUAGAAGAUGCCAAACGCAUUGGUAUCAAAAAGGCUAUUUCAGCCAAUAUUUCUAUGGGUAUUGCUUUCUUUUUGAUAUAUGCAUCAUAUGCCUUGGCCUUCUGGUAUGGAACCACUUUGAUACUCUCUGAUGACUAUACAAUCGGAAAAGUCUUUACAGUCUUUUUUUCUAUAUUACUUGGAGCUUUUAGUGUUGGACAGACUGCACCAAGUAUGGAGGCAUUUGCCAAUGCAAGAGGAGCUGCCUAUGCAAUCUUUAAUAUCAUAGACAAUGAACCUCAAAUUGACAGUUCAUCCGAUGCUGGCUAUAAACCAAUGCAUGUUAAGGGGGAUUUGGAAUUUCAAAAUGUUUACUUCAAUUAUCCUGCUAGGCCAGAUACGAAGAUACUGAAAGGCUUGAAUCUCAAGGUUAGUUGUGGCCAGACAGUGGCUCUGGUCGGUGGCAGCGGCUGUGGGAAAAGUACAACUGUUCAGCUCAUCCAGAGGUUUUACGAUCCCAAGGAAGGCACGGUCACCAUUGAUGGACAGGACAUUAAGACUUUAAACGUAAGGUAUCUGCGAGAGAUUAUUGGUGUUGUGAACCAGGAGCCCGUGCUAUUUGCUACUACCAUUGCAGAAAACAUUCGUUAUGGCCGUGAGGGUGUCACCAUGGAAGAGAUUGAAAAAGCUACCAAGGAAGCGAAUGCUUAUGACUUCAUCAUGAAGCUACCCAAUAAGUUUGAAACCAUGGUUGGAGAAAGAGGGGCACAGCUGAGCGGAGGCCAGAAGCAAAGAAUAGCAAUUGCCCGAGCUCUGGUUCGCAAUCCUAAAAUACUUCUGCUUGAUGAAGCAACGUCAGCUUUGGACACUGAGAGUGAAUCAGUUGUGCAGGCAGCACUGGACAAGGUCAGGAAAGGACGCACUACACUUCUUAUCGCUCAUCGUUUGUCAACAAUUCGAAAUGCGGAUCUUAUAGCUGCAUUUGAAAAUGGUGUCAUCACAGAACAAGGGACUCAUAAUGAAUUAAUAGAACAAAAGGGAAUUUACUACAAGCUUGUUAAUAUGCAGGCAUCAGGAACUGAGGAUCAGUUACAGGAAGAAGGUAAUACACCAGCUGCCUCAGAGGAGGCAUGGAAGCGAUCAGUACUUACUGGACAAAGACAUUCCAUGCAGAAAAGCAUACAAAGGUUCAGAAUACAGAAUGAUGAACCCGAUGUAAAAGCUGUUCAGCUUGAUAAAAGAGUACCUCCAGUUUCAUUUUUUAAGAUUAUGGAGUUGAAUAAAACUGAAUGGCCAUACUUUGUUAUUGGAACUUUAUGUGCAAUUAUCAAUGGGGCCCUGCAACCCCUAUUUUCAGUCAUCAUUUCAGAUAUUAUAGGGAUGUUUGUAGAAAAAGGAGAGACUAUCAUCAGGGAGACAAAUAGCAUGUAUGCACUGCUGUUCUUAGGUUUUGGACUAAUUUCAUUUGUCACUUUUUUUCUUCAGGGUUUCACAUUUGGCAAAGCUGGAGAAAUCCUUACAAUGAGGCUUCGAACUAUGACAUUUAGAGCAAUUCUGAGGCAGGAGAUCAGCUGGUUUGAUGAUCCUAAAAAUAACACUGGAGCAUUAAUUACAAGACUUGCUAGUGAUGCCUCACAAGUGAAAGGAGCUACAGGUUCCAGACUGGCACUAAUUGCCCAAAAUGUAGCUAAUCUUGGGAUGGGGAUUGUUUUGUCAUUGAUCCAUGGCUGGCAGCUGACUCUUCUGCUUUUAGCCAUUGUGCCAAUUAUUGCUGUAACAGGAAUGAUUCAAAUGAAGAUGCUUGCAGGACAUGCAAAAAAAGAUAAAAAGGAACUGGAAAUCGCAGGAAGGAUUGCUUCAGAAGCCAUAGAAAACAUUCGAACUGUUGCUGCUUUGACUCAGGAAAGAAAAUUUGAGCUUAUGUAUGGACAAAGCUUGCAAGCAACACAUAGAAAUUCUGUAAAGAAGGCACAUAUCUUUGGAUUUACUUUUGCCUUUACACAAGCUAUUAUGUACUUUACUUAUGCUGGGUGUUUUAGGUUUGGUGCCUAUCUAGUGAGAAAUGGACAUAUGAAGUUUAAAGACGUGCUUUUAGUUUUUUCAGCUAUUGUAUUUGGUGCAAUGGCAUUAGGACAAAGCACUUCUUUCACUCCAGACUAUGCCAAAGCCAAGAUGUCAGCUGCCCACUUGUUCAUGCUGUUUGAAAGAGUGCCCUCCAUAGACAGUUACAGCGAGGAAGGAGAGAGGCCUAAAGUAUUUGGUGGAAACAUAACAUUCAACGACGUGGCGUUUAACUAUCCAACCCGACCAGAGGCCAAAGUGCUUCAAGGUCUGAAUCUAAAAGUAGAGAAGGGACAAACUCUGGCUCUUGUUGGUAGCAGUGGCUGUGGAAAGAGCACUGUUGUUCAGCUGCUGGAGAGAUUUUAUGAUCCUCUCAGUGGAGAAAUGCUCCUGGAUGGCCAAAAUGCAAAGACCCUAAAUAUCCAGUGGCUGAGAGCUCAGAUUGGUAUUGUCUCACAAGAACCAAUCCUGUUUGACUGCACUAUUGCUGAAAACAUCGCUUAUGGAGAUAACAGUCGGGAGGUGUCACAUGAGGAGAUUGUCAGUGCAGCAAUAGAAGCCAAUAUUCAUUCCUUCAUUGAAUCUCUACCAAAGAAAUACAGCACGCGUGUGGGAGACAAAGGAACUCAGCUCUCUGGUGGUCAGAAGCAACGUGUCGCUAUUGCCCGAGCUCUUGUACGGCAGCCCCGCAUCCUGCUGUUAGAUGAAGCGACCUCUGCACUGGAUACAGAAAGUGAAAAGACUGUCCAGGAAGCGCUGGAUAAAGCCAGAGAAGGUCGCACCUGCAUUGUGAUAGCUCACCGCCUCUCCACCAUCCAAAAUGCUGACAAGAUUGCUGUGAUCCAAAAUGGCAAGGUUGUAGAGCAAGGGACCCAUCAGCAGCUCCUGGCUGAAAAAGGCAUCUACUAUUCUCUGGUCAAAGUUCAAAGUGGAUCAUGCAAUGUGUGACAGUGGGCAGUACCUGUUGCUGAAAUGCAGUUGUA